AUGACGCACCACCAAUCUCCACCACUUGCUGAUGUGCUUCUUCUGGACCGUCCCGGGGUAUUAUCGAGCCCCCCGGGUGGCUCCGCUACCAAUGUGAACUGCGACACCGCCGCCUCCAAACGACAUGUGCUUUUCCAAGAAGCGAAAUCCGUGGGCCUAGAGCCGCAAAUCCACGGCACCUGUACUGUUGACAAGCAUGUGUCAAGGAAGGUCGUUUUGGACGGGAAGACCUUCGCACCCUUUGGGAUGGUGCCGCAUGCCGUGGAACCCGAGAAGGUGGCAGCGUAUCGUCCCAAAGCGGGCUCCGGUCAGGUCCCAGCCAAGGUGGAUCUCAGGAAGUAUAUGACGCAUGUGUUUUGGCUGCAAUCCAAGUCCAGACUUCAUGAUCGCAUGGCUUUCAUUCUUCCCAUUUGCGAUGACAAAGUGAGUACUCAAGUGACGGCCUCUGCCAACGUUGAAGACCAAUCCCAGACCAACAGCUGCUGUGCCAAUGCUGUGGCAGGGGCCUACGAGUACAUCAACAAGCGCUACGCCAUGUCCAAGGGAGAUCGAACAGAUGACAUCUCUCGACUCUUCAUCUACUACGUUGGCCGCAAGAAGGAUCAGCAACUCUUUCGAGAGGACACCACGUUUCCGGCCUGCAACGGAGAUGUUUGGAGGGGUCCACUGUUCGAUGGCCUGCAACGGCUCGCUCCAAAAGAUGAAGGGAUGUCUUUGGGAGGUGCCAUUUCAGCCUUGGAGCUGAAGGGUGCCUGCUUGGAGAGGAAUUGGCCUUUUGACAUCGAUAAAGUCAACAAUCGGCCAGUGGAACCUUGCUUCAACGAAGCAUUGAGGUACAAAAUCGCUGAGUCCGAGAAGGUCCCGGUGGAUCUCAGCAGCAUGCGCCGGUGCCUGGCCGAAGGACAUCCCAUCGUCUUCGGCUUGAAGUUAACGGCGCAGUUCUUCAAGCCCGCAGCAGGUGGAGGUAUCUCCACUCCAGACCCAGAUGACCCUCAGUCUUCCGAGCAUGGCUUGCAUGCCAUGCUGAUCGUGGGCUACAGCGAUCGCCAGGAGGUCUUUAUCGUCCGAAACAGCUGGGGCACUUCUUGGGGCGAUGGAGGCCUAACAAGGGCGUUUGGCCGUUUUUUGGGUCACCAGAAUCUGAGGAUCAAAGCUGGGUACGACAAUCCAAAUAUAUCCAAACAAUCAAAGGGAUGA